CAAUUUUGUAUCAAUAUCUAACGUGUUACCUCGGUCAUUUGUAUUUCGAUUAGCUUAGUUUGAGGGUACGUCAAUAUCGUAUGUGCUUUUUUAUAUUCUUGAACUGUUAGAAAAAAUAUGUGUAUUUCAUAUUAUCAAAGUUACAUAUAUUAAUAUGGCGAAUUUUGCAAAAGCUCAACUCCUAAAAUACGGUUGGACGGAAGGAAAAGGACUAGGUAAAAAUGAAAAUGGAAUAACCGAAGCUUUAAAGCCAAAAUUAAAAUUGAAUAGCGAAGGAAUAGGAUACAAACCAUCGAAAGAAGUUCACUGGUGGCAAACUGCGUUUAAUAAUGCUGCCAAAAAUGUUUUGGUCACUUCAGAAAAUGAUGAAGUUUCUAUUUCUGUUAUUGAUCGGAAUACAGCUUUAAGGAAUUUAAAAGCAAAACAAUCAAGAGAAGAACAAUAUAAUAACUUUCGCAAACUUAACGUGCUUCAAGAUGAAAAAUUAAUUACAUUAGAAAAAUCUGAUCAAGAAAAAGAGGAAGAGAAAGAGUCCAUUAAGAAGAUUCCAGUAUUAACAGACGAAGAACUUUUUAAAGCUUGCGGAGGUAGAACAUUACACAAAGGUGCUCGUCAUGGUUUAGACAUGAAUGGGAAAUUGGAAAGAGUUGCCAAACAUGAAAAAAAAUUGAUGCAUCUAAUGAACCAUCUAGCUCGUAAAAGAGCUAAAGCUAGAUUAGAAAUGGAAAAAAUAUUUAGUAAGGGUGGACAUAAAAUAGAUAAUAAUAAUGCAAAUGCAACAUUGACAACUACAGAUGUAUCCUCUAGUAAAGAAAAUGGUUUUAUAAAAUCUAAAGCUACAAUUAAGAAAGAAAGAAAAAAUAUACAACAUUUAACACGUUUAUUAACUAUUUCCUGUAAUAUAAAUGAUAAUAGCAGUAGUAGUAGUAGUUCAAGUGCAUUAAAAAGUGAAAAGAGCUCGUGCCGAAAACGUAAGAGAAGUAAAGAUGGAAGAGUAAAAGUUGAUCAUGGAUUUAUCAAUGACAAUAUUUUAGAGACUACAACAUCAGAAAAAGUUCAUGACAUACCGCUUCCUGCAAAUUCAAUAUUAGAGAAAAAAAUUAAAAAACACAAAAGGCAUCAUAAACAAAACAUGGUAAAAGAAAGUAGUAGUAGUAGUAGUACUCCAUAUAAAGAAAGUCAUUGUUGUGAUUCUAAACAUAAUAGUUCAUUAAAAUCAAAAACAAAAAGAAGUAAACAUCAAGAAGGUAAUGAUAUUAAUACUGGAAGUUCAAAUGAUCCUACAGUAAAAAAAUUAAAAUACCAUAACAGAAAGAUUAUAAAAUUAAUGGAAAGGAUGAGCUUUGAUAAUUGCAAUGAUGAACAGAAGAAAAACGAAGAAGAUAAUUCUAAUGCAAAUGUAACUAAAUCACAACAUGUAUUUUGUAAUCACGAAGCAUCCAGAUUAAAUCUACGAAUAUUGAAAAAGAAGAAACAUCGUCUUCAUAAAAAAAAUAAAGAAAAAUUAAACUUGGAGAGACGUAUAACUUCGAUUCAAUCACAAGAUAAAUUAAGUUGUAUAGCAGAGAAUUUGAUGGCCAUUAAUAUUACGGAGGAUGUUAGUGCAAAAUUAAAAAGAUCAUCUAAACAAGAUAAAGAGGAAACUAAUAAAAUUGAAAAAACAAAUAAUGAUCAAGAUAGAACUAGCAUAUAAAUUCAUAAUAUUCUUAUAAUAAAGAUGUAGUACAAUAAUAUUGAAAAGCAUUUGCUACUAAAAGUGACAUUAGUUGUAUUAAGUGAUGUAAAAAAAAAAGUGUGUUACAAUUGCCUAGACAGUUUAAGUAAGUGAAUUCAUGCAUGUGUAGUGAUACUAUGCAUGAAUUGAAAAUGAUAAUAAACAUUAUUAAUAAUUAUUAAAGCAAAAAAUGAAUAAGUGCAUUUAGGUAAAAUAGUUAUUGAA